CGACGGCCAGUACCGUAUCGAGAGCCGCCCGAAUAUGUGACACGAUGUUGCCCUACACGAACCUGGACAAGAACCCACCCUCGAGGGCCACCACGUGGGUCAGGCAUCUGUGCGUGGUCAGUGUGUUGUGCGCGUUCGCCGUCGGACUCACCAUCGGCGUCUUCAUUCCCCUCGUUUACCUCAGAACCAACACCAGCAGCGUCAAGGAGGAGCCCAACAGCACCGUGAUCCGGGGCAUCUUCCUCAACAACAGCUACAGCCGCUUCCCCAGCGUCAGCUUCCCCAGGCAGCAGCUGCAGCAGCAGCAGCAGCCGCAGCAGCCGCAGGAGCCGUCCGCCCUCGCGCACUUGAUCCAGCAGGAUGUGUUCUGGGGCGGGACGGUGGAGGCGGCGCUGCCCGAAGGCUACAGGAGCAAAAAGCACACGCUGUGGUCGUCGUACCUGCAAACGGCGGAGGCCGUCAAAAUGGAGACGGGCUGCGGCAGGAUGCAGAACAGAUUGGUCACCUUCAGGGACGGGGUGAAGGGCUGCGUCCGCUACAGACAGAACACCGACCAAAUCCAAGGGGAGCUGUUCAGUUUCUACUUAGCCAGAGUGUUGAACUUGCCCAAUCUGGCGCCCAGCGCCAUAAGUGUCGUGGACUUGAAGUCGAAGCUGUGGCAGAAGCUGCGCAACGAAAUUGCGGCGGCGCAGUGGAACUCGAACCGCCCCAUCGUGCUCACCCAGUACAUCUCCGACCUGAACCCCGCCAACAUUCCGGGCGUGUUCAGACCGGUGGACAGACAUCUGAACAAGCUGGACGUGCUCAACAUGACCAGGAACCCGCUGGUGGACGACUCCGCGCUGAUCAAGGAGCUGGUGGAGCUGGCCCAGUGGUCCGAUCUGAUAGUGUUCGACUACCUGACCGCCAACCUGGACAGGAUCGUGAACAACCUGUACAACUUCCAGUGGAACGCCAACAUCAUGGAGGCCCCGGCCCACAACCUGGCCCGGAAGACCGACAGCGACCUGCUCAUCUUCCUGGACAACGAGUCGGGACUGCUGCACGGGUACCGGCUGCUGAAGAAGUACGAGGUGUACCACUCGAUCCUGCUGGAGAAUCUGUGCGUGUUCAGGAGGUCGACCGCGGAAACGAUAGCGGAGCUGAGGACGCGCGGCAACGUCGGCGAUUUACUGAAAACGAUGUUCGAAAGUGAAAACGACGAAACGAUUAAGGACGUGCUGCCCACGAUCCCGGACAAGAGCGUCAAGAUCCUGAACGAGAGGAUCGAACGUGUCCACGACCAAAUUAGCAAGUGCCAAUCGGUUUACGGCAACACUUAAUCCCGGCACUGUGUUCCUCACUGAUUCUUGUUGCUUGUUUUAUAGUGUUGUUUAAUUUAUUUAUUAUUAUUAUUAUUAUUAUUACUAUUACUAUUAUUACUAUUAUUAAUUAUUGUGUAUCGGUCGAUUUGGGUUUGUCGAUCGACGAUCUUGUGAUACGUUCCGUUUCGAUUAACUUACUUUUACUUUUUGUACAUUGUGUAAAUGUGAUUCAACAUGUAAAGUCGUUUAGGCCAAAUGUUUUUAAUGUUUUAAUUGUACAUACGAAUUAUUGUUUGUUCUGUUUGUAUAUUUUGUAAAUACGUCGUGCGAAUUGAAUUCAAUAAAAAUGACAAUGAGUGA